CCAGUUGCGAUCCCAACCCUAGUUCCCUUCCCCCAUUCCCAAUGAACCACGCCAAUUCUCUCGCCCCUCUCUCUAUCUUUGUUCUCCCCUCUCUCCUCCCCACCUUCUGGCAAUUCGAUCUCCACCCUUCUCUUUCCUUCUCGUUCAAACCUCUUUCGGUCCCUCUUAUCCAUCUUGGACAUUGGCGAAUGUGGCGCGAGACUUUUGAGGAGUUGUCCUUCUGCCUGAACCGAGUACAAGUGAAGUGGACGGGCACUAUCGAGCACCCCACGUGGAUCGAGAAUCCGGAGCUGCUGAUCAUACAGGUUUGGAGGACUAACGCGGAAGGAUAUCUUAUUGGAUUCCUCUUUGGAUCGGUACGACCGGGUCGCCGUCAGUUGAUUGCACAGGAGCUCAUCGCACUGGUCGUGCAAUUGGCGGACGAUCUUUGGCCCGACAUCUACUUUCAGAGCGACAACAGUCCUGCUUCGUACAUUUUCGAGCGAUCCUUGGAUUCGUACCUUCAGUGGACUUCGUGCUUGGAGGAACCUAGGGAUGAGGAUACACUACCAUCGCGGCAAGAGUAUCUGAAGCCGUACGAGAUCAUCCCUUACGCCUUCUACCCGAGGGCAGAAGAAGUGGUGAUUGACGACAACGACGACGAAGAAGAAAACGACGACGAGGAGACAUCGGAGGAGGGAAGCUACAGUGAACAUAGCGAGGGCAAGCUGAGUGAAGAGGAAGAAGGAGGAACCGGGUCCGAGUGGGAUGCCCCGCCGGAGGAAGCGACGCGUACGGGAACGGAGGCGGAAGAUCCGGAAGCGGCGCGAAAGCGCGAAGAGAUUGCCUCCGGAAAGCGCCAACUAGAGUUCGCUAGUGAGGCUAGCCUACGCAUCGGUAGCGAUCCGACCAGGGAUCCAGAGCCGCUGAGGCCCGAAGAUGGCAACCCUGCAGCCGCCACCUCUAGUACCGCGCAACGGAGACGGCGUCGAUCCCCCUCCUCCUCCAGCCCCACCCGUCCCCCAGUUCGCCCACGUACCAAUGCGGGCGAUAGGCCUUCGACCUCGGACGCUGCCCCGCCGACCCCUUGAUUUUCUCACCCUCAUGCAGAUCCGUACCCCCGUCACCUU